AUGUCAGAAAAGCUGAAUGCACUGCCGUUCAUUGCGAAGCCGCUGGCUGCUGCUCCUCCCAUAAUCACCUCCCUCCUCAUCAUCAUUGGCGGAAUUGUCCUCACAGCAUGGCUCUUCUCUGUUGCUAGACUGAUAGCUUCGCUCUUCAUACUAUCGGGCAAAAAGGUACAAUCUGCACUCCUCAGCCCAUUUCCUCAACUGACUUACAACCUCCAGCUCUCCUCCUUCGGCUCCCCCUCCAAAACCUGGGCCGUCAUCUCCGGUGCCUCCGAUGGCCUCGGACGCGAAUACUCCCUCCAACUCGCUCGCGCGGGCUUCAACGUCCUGCUCCUCUCCCGCACAGAAAGCAAGCUCUCCGCUCUCGCCACCGACAUCACCAAGAAAUACAACACCAAAACCUCCAUCUUCGCCAUCGACUUCGCGGACACUGCUAACACCAAGGCCUGGGACGCACUGAAAUCGCACAUCGAAGCCACCACCGGCAACGGCAGGGGCGGGGGCGGGGGUGUUGUCAGCAUCCUCAUCAACAACGUCGGCGUCUCCCACAGCAUCCCCGUCCCCUUCGCCCUCACGCCCCCACAAGAAAUCGAAAACAUCAUAAAUGUCAAUUGCCUCUCUACCCUGCGCCUCACGCAGCUCCUCCUCCCCGGCAUGCUCGCCCAGAAAAACGGACUGAUACUGACCAUGGGCUCUUUCGCCGGAACCCUCCCCACGCCUCUCCUCGCCACUUACUCCGGCUCCAAAGCCUUCCUGCAACAAUGGUCUUCCGCCCUCUCUGCCGAAGUGGCGGACCAGGGGGUGACCGUGCACUUGGUGCAGAGCUACCUCGUGGCUACGGCGAUGAGUAAGAUUAGGAGGACGAGCGCGAUGGUCCCCGGGCCAAGGGAGUAUGUGAGGAGUGUGCUGGGUAAAGUGGGGAGGACGGGGGGUGCGCAGGGGUGGAGCGCGAGUGGAACGCCUUGGUGGACGCAUGCAGUUAUGGAGUGGGGGAUUGUGAAGACUGUGGGAGUGGGGAGUGGGGUGGCCUUGUGGAUUAAUAAGAGGAUGCAUGAGGGGAUAAGGGAGCGGGCGUUGAGAAAGAUGAGGAGGGAGAAGGAGGCAGGGAAGAAGGGGCAGUGA